AUGUACUUCGAUUGGGAUUCGACCCUGGAUGACCCGGGCGCAGAGGAACGCUUUGACGACUACAUGAAAUCACGACGACGCCAGGACGAGGUCGCUUCUUCAGCAAGUAUUCCGAGGCCAUACCUCAAGCGCAUUGCUUCUUUGGAGGUGGUCCACACGCCUGCACCUACCAAGCGUAGCCGCAUCAACGUUCCCCUGACCGAUCUUGGUUCGAACUUCACAUCAACCCGGUCGGAGACCUCCAACCAAGUCCUCUGCGCUGGAAUUGAGAACCAGCCUCCGCCCAGCAACCGCGAGAACUCCGAGCCCGCCCCCGACUCGGAGCAGCACACCACCAGCGGUGGUACCCCUAAAACUCAUCCUCCCCAGGAGCGCAGACAAGCUCCUUCGCCGUCUCUUCAACCCGCCCCCGCCCUUUCCUCCGCCGCACCGAUCACUCAUGCUGAAACCAGCCAAUUUCUCAACGCCGCCGGCAGGCCCAUUCGGCGGUCACUCCGGAACCAUGCGCCGCCAGUUGCCGCUCCGCCAGUGGUCGCCCCAGCGCCAGCAGCUGGUCCUUCGAGAGCGAGGAGGGUGGUCCUGCGGGUAAGGACGCCCGCAACGCUCGUUCCGGCUCCAGACGCGUCCGAAGGCGAAUCCGAGGUCGAAGAUGCGAUGGAUGUUAUCGAUGAGGGAGAGGAGGACGAAAUUGAAGAACCUCACGACACUCAAAGGGCGAGGCGCGCUCGCCUCUCGCAGGAGCACAUGGAGAAGAAGCUCAUUCGCGGCCAGGGAGCCCUGUGUGGUGUGUUCGGCUGCAAGGUCGUCCUUUCGCCACACGACCUCGGCCGCGCGCGCGCGCACCUCGCGCAGAAGCACUACGGCGCCGAAGCGGGCAAGAUGCUUCCGGAGCCGCAAAACGCUCAGAAACACGGGAGAAACAAGCCCUGGCCGUGUUCUCGUUGUAACACGACGUUCAAGGACUUCACGUCUCUCCGGCGGCACCAUGAGUACAAGCAUCUGGGCUGGUCGUACCGCUGCCCUUCAUCAGGUUGCACGAAGACAUUCAGUCGGACGACUGGUAUUCCGAAGCACAUGAGAGGGGCGGACAUUGCUCUUGCGGCUCGUAUCGCGAAGGAGAAGCAGACAGGGAAGAAGAUCCGGAAGUGGAAGGGGAGGACGCUUGCUCCUCACAUGUCGCAUGCGCAGUACGAAGCUUGGAAGUGUUCCUGA